AUGGUCUUCAUCGGCUCCUCCAUCCUCCUCGUCGCCGCGAGGACCGCAUUUGCACUUCUUGGCCACGUCGACGCUGCCCCAUGCGAUGCCGACAACCACUCCAAGGUCGCCGCCGCUGUGCAGACACUUCACAUCAAUUGCGCCAGCUGGUCCGCCUACCUCGCCAGCGGAGGCGUCUGGAAUUGUGACUCCACGUGUCACGACGCUGUCAUCAAUCAUGCGCACACCCCGCCGGAUUGCACGUUCGGCGGUCCGUAUGGCCAGAAUUGCAGACAAGUGGUAGAAGGCAUGGCGAAAACGUGCGGUAAACUGUCAGACUCGGAGGAUACGACUUCCAGCGGAGCAUUGAGAACCACUUCAAGCUCCAGCACGCAGUCGACAAGUGGCUUCGCUAUCCUUGCGGCGAGAGUACACUGCUCCUUGCCGGUGCGCUGCAGCUGUAGGGGGAAGCUAGUUGGCGAACCUCGUACUGGUACCUACCAUCCGUGCAAUAACACCGCUUUAGGUCGAUAA